AUGAGCGACUACUACAACCAACAGGGCCAGCAGCAGCAACAGCCAUACUACCAGCCUCCACCGGGCGCGUACGGCCAGCCUCCGCAGCAGCAGGGAUACCCCCAGCAAGGUUAUCAACAGCAGCCGUACUACCAGCCCCCUCCGGGACAGUACGGCGGCCCGCCUCCUGGAGGCCCGCCGCCCCCGGGGCCAGGAUACCCCGGCGCACAGACUGGCCACCAGCCAGGCCAGCAGCAGCAAGGAGGAGGAUACCCAGGCCAACAGGGGCAGCCGCAGUACCCGCCCCAGGCGCCGUACUACCCCCCUCCACAGCAGCAGCAGCAGGAGCAGUCGCAGGGCGAGAAGCACGAGUACCAGCAACAUCAACAGCAGCAGCAGCCGCCUCAGCAGGACCAGAAGCCCCCCGAGCCUGCCCCGCAGCAGCAGCAACACCAACAGGACCAACAGCAGCAGCAGCAGAAGCCGCACGAGCAGGGCAAGUGGGGCCGCCGGUUCAAGUCGCUCGGGGACAAGCUCAUGGACUCGCUCGUGCGCGGCUUUGGCUGGGGCGUAGGCACCAACCUCGCCAACCGGUUCGUCAACAUCAUCUGCGGCAACUGUGGGCGGUAG